AUGGUUCAAAUUCUUUGCUUUGCAGCCAACGCUGAUGACGAGCAAGGGUUUGACUGGGUGCCCACUGUGAAUGACGUCCUGCAGCAGAUCUCCAAGAACUGCAGCAAAUGCUUUUCUGAGCUUAUUUUUAGACCAGAAGUUAAUAAUGUCUCUUUCCUUCUCUCCUUUGCAGAAUAUGUAUGUAACUGCUCUGUGGUUGGAAGCCUGGAUGUGAAUCGCUGCAACCAGACCACAGGGCAGUGUGAGUGUCUGCCAGGGUAUCAGGGGGUUCACUGUGAAACCUGCAAGGAGGGCUUUUACCUGAAUCACACUUCUGGGCUCUGUCUGCCAUGUGAAUGUAGCCCACAUGGAGCCCUCAGCAUACUCUGCAACAGUUCUGGGAAAUGCCAGUGUAAAGUGGGUGUCACCGGCUCUGCAUGUGAUCGAUGCCAAGAUGGAUAUUACGGCUUUAGUAGGAGUGGCUGCUUGCCCUGCCAAUGCAAUAAUCGAUCUACCAGUUGUGAUGCCCUCACAGGUGCUUGUUCAAACUGCCGGGGAAAUAGCAAAGGGGACCACUGUGAAGAAUGCAAAGAAGGAUUUUACCAGAGUCCCAAUGCCACUAAAGAAUGUUUUCGCUGCCCUUGUUCAGCAGUGACAUCUACAGGCAGUUGUAUCAUAAAAUUGGGUGAAUUGGAACCUAAAUGUGUCCAGUGUAAAGAGGGUUACACAGGCCAGAACUGCAAUAAAUGUGAAAAUGGCUAUUACAACUAUGACAGCAUCUGUAUGAAGUGCCAAUGUCAUGGCCACGUGGACCCAAUUAAAACUCCAAAGAUUUGCAAGCCUGAGAGUGGAGAGUGCAUCAACUGCCUCCAUAACACCACUGGGUUUUUGUGUGAGAACUGCCUAGAAGGUUAUGUUCGAGACCUGGAAGAAAAUUGCAUCAAGAAAGAAGUUAUUGUUCCAACACCUGAAGGUUCUACCAUUUUGGUUUCCAAUGCCUCUUUGACCACAUCAGUGCCCACCCCUGUUAUAAAUAGUACAUUUACCCCCACCACCUUGCAAACUAUCUUUUCAGUAAGCUCUGCUGAAAACAGCACGUCAGCUUUAGCUGAUGUUUCAUGGACCCAAUUUAACAUCAUCAUUUUGACUGUCAUCAUCAUUGUGGUGGUGCUGCUGAUGGGAUUUGUGGGAGCUGUAUAUAUGUACCGGGAGUACCAAAACCGGAAACUCAAUGCCCCCUUUUGGACCAUCGAGCUGAAAGAAGACAAUAUCAGUUUCAGCAGCUACCAUGACAGCAUUCCCAAUGCAGACGUGUCAGGAUUAUUGGAAGAUGAUGGCAAUGAAGUGGCUCCCAAUGGGCAACUGACUCUGACAACAUCCAUGCAUAAUUACAAAGCCUAAGGAGCUAGACCUGUUCUCCUGAAUUGUUAGACCACAGUGCUCACUAAGACAGCAUCAGCCCCUGGGCAUGACAAAGCCUGGGUAGAGUUUGCUGAGAAAGCAAAGGCAUAUAGUGCAUCGAAGUCUUCAGGUACAAAUUUAUAAUGCACUUAGCCUAUUUUAGUUUACCGUGAAGAUUUAAAGCAGUCACUGUCAAUAAGGACUUGAAGUAAAGUAUAUUUUUGUACAAACCACAUGGGAGUAUAGAAAGGCUGAACCCCAUAGUGCAGCCCUAAUUGCAUUGACCUCCAGAUAGACUCUUCGGGAGUGUUCACUCAACCAGCGGAAACAGGAUGAUGGAUGUGGAGGGGGAGAGGACUACCGGAAGACUUCAUCUCCAUUCCUGAAACACUCUUUUUUAAAAGGAGGUUCAGGGACAAUAUUCAUUUACUGUACUGAAAGACAUCAUUGAGGAAAAGCUAAUGUCUGGGCUGUAUCACAAUAAACAAUCUUGAUUGUUUCUAAAAUAGGAGCAGAAAAGUCCCAACAGGUCUUUAGCAGGGUUUCAUUUUUCCUUCCAGAACUCUUGCUCAAUGAUAGGAUUAAGGCACAAGAUAAGCUUCUAAUGGUACAGAGAGGAAGGCAAUAUCUGGAAGCAGGAAGCUGAUAGUCCUCCUUAGAGUCUCCGUGUAAAUGAUGAAUUAUCUAAAAAUAAGGAAUAUUCCUGCCUCUAGAGAAAUAAGGUGUAUAUAUUUACUGUAGCAUAUCUGGUCAACAUUGUAUUUGUAUCUAUUUGUAAAAAAAUCAUGUCAUAUUUUAUCAUCUAGAAUGUAUUUGUACAGCAGUUAAUGGCGUUGUAAAAAGAAAAUAUGGGGAUUGGUUAAAAUAAUGUAAAAUAGAUGGCAAUAUUGCUAGAGCUGGGACUCUGGUGAGCAUCAGUCAUUCUUAUUCCCUCUUUGGACAUCGUUGAAAUUUUUAAAAGGUUGAAUGUUUCUAAUCUUUCUUUCCCUUUCUCAUUCUAAGCAUAGAAUUAUGUGUUCUUUGACUUACAGAUUCAAGCAAUAGAUUUUGAAGUCAGUGAUUGUUAGCUGGAACACAGGCUGUACUCUCCAAGCUACUCACCUAAUUAGACAUUAGCCACUCUAUAUUUUAUAUAGAUUAAUGUAGAACAUGGCCUCAUUAAAAUGCUUUUUAAUGUAAAAUAUAGUUUUCCAAAGGAAUUAUAAAUAUUUAAGUUCCAAAAGAAAAGCCAUCAUAUUACUUGGCGUCCCAUUUUCAUGCCUGUGAAAUAUUUAUAUUUAUCUUCCCCAGCUCAAAAAAAAUCUCCUACAUUUGAACAUAGCCUAUCACUCAUAUACCAUGAGGAAUGUACCAUCUCUCUGCAGGGCUACAGUUCGGCUAUCUUCUUGUCUAGGUGAGGGUAGUACUGUAGUUGAGUAGAUACGGUUAGUCCUUGUUUUUAGGGGCAGUUUUUUCCAGAGGCCAUCACUGUUGCUCUCAUCUGUUAUGUAGGCAGAUUGUGGAUUAAAGUCGGAAAAAGCAGGCAGGAGAUAACUGUAGAUAUUUAUUAAGCAAAACAGAAAAUUGUCCAAGUGGUUAAAAAAGAGUAAAGACUUAUUAGACUUAGGAAAUCUAAAUUGACAACUUUGCCAACUUCCCCAGAGGAAAACCUGGAAUUUGGCCAUCCCUCUGUAGGACACCACUGUAGUUCUCAGGGUUUGGAGAUGAUGAUUGGAGGAUGUAAAGGCAGAUAAUCUACUUCUGGUAACUUGAGGUGCUCUGGAUAUUUAUUUGGCCAUUGCUCAUGAGAGUAGAGAUUAUGUUAUGUUACAUUACAUUAAAAUAAGUUAUUUCUAUA